AUGGAAGUACCGAUCACCGAACGUAACGUACUCUAUGGCGGAGAUCUUCAGCGCAGCAUCGAAGACGGUUGCAAUUCUUUCGGAGAGCUGGUGGUGAAACGAUUGUAUCGAAACGGUACGGAAGUAGCACUGAUUGAUGGAGUCACUGGAGAGUCGCUUACUUACCGCCAGAUCCUCGAACACUCGCUUAAGCUGGCCAAUCGCUUACACAGACUUGGCCUGAAACGGAACACGGUCGUUGGAAUAUGUAGCGAAAAUUGCCUACAAUUCCCCAUCGUCACCUUCGCAACGAUCAUGCUCCGUGGGACGGUUCUGCCAUUGAACCCAUCGUACACUGUCACGGAGCUGGGACAUGCCUUGCAACUAUGCAAACCGUGGGCUAUAUUCGCGUCUCGCAAAGCACUCCAAACUAUCCUCGCGAUGCGCGAUCGUUUGCCGUACGUCAAGCUUCUCGUUGCAUUUGACGGCAGCGACACGCCGGUGGUGCCUCGGUGGGAGCACUUCUUGGACCGCAGUCCGCUCCGUAGCUUGAUCAGCUUUACGCCCCGACCGGUGCGGUUGCGGGACCAGAUCGCCGUGAUGGUUAUGUCAUCGGGUACGACCGGUUUACCGAAGGCGGUCCAACUGACGCACCGCAACGUGAUGACCGUGAUGGCGUACCAAGCGGAGGAUCCACGCUACACCGAGCUGCCGGUACCGUUGCGGGUGCUCGGACUGCUGCCCUUUUAUCACGUGUUCGGCUUCAUGCUUUCACUAAACAGCUGCCUCAACCGGGUGCCGAUGGUGGUGUUGCCGCGCUUUGAACCGCGGCUUUUCUUGCGUACCAUCCAAGACCAUCGCAUCACGAUGAUGAGUCUCGUCCCGCCGAUAAUGGUGUUCCUCGCCAAGCAUCCGCUCAUCGACCAGUACGAUCUCAGCUCGCUGCACGCCAUUCUUUGCGGGGCCGCACCGUUGAGCAAGGAAAUCGAGGAACUGGUAGCUGCCCGUCUACCGACCGUAGGAACCGUGCGCACCGGGUACGGGAUGAGUGAAACAUCGCUCGGAGUCAUAUCGAGGGUGAGCGAUAAGACCGGUUCGGUUGGGAGGGUCAACAAAACCACGUACGUUAAAGUGGUCGAUCUGGAUAGUGGCGAAGCGCUCGGACCGGGACAGACGGGGGAGAUCUGUGUCAAAGGACCGCUGGUUAUGAAAGGGUACCUCCACAACGAGGAAGCUACACGCGAGAUGCUCGACGACAGUGGUUGGCUUCACACGGGCGACAUUGGGUACUAUGACGAGGAGCAGGAUUUCUUCAUCGUCGAUCGUCUCAAGGAUCUCAUCAAGUACAAAGGUUUCCAGGUACCGCCAGCCGAGCUAGAAGAUGUGCUGCUUAGUCACCCGAAAGUGCGGGAUGCGGCCGUCGUCGGCCUCCCAGACGAGUCGGCUGGCGAGCUACCGGCAGCGUUCGUAGUGCUGCAACCGAACGAAACGAUAACAGCACAGGAAGUGGCCGAUUUCUUGGCCAUCAAGCUGUCACCCCACAAACACCUUCGUGGAGGCGUCUUCUUUAUCGACGAGAUUCCCAAAACGGGUAGCGGUAAAAUAUUGCGACGACAAUUACGACAGUCAGUGCAGCAGAGAGCUAAACUCUAGAAAGCUCUUUAUGUUAGGGCUAAGCG